AUGGCAAUCAUCUAUAGGGCGGCAAAGGUUGAGGUGAAAAAUCCCAAAAAAGAUACCUGUGCACAAUGUGAUAGAUUGCACUUGCAAAUUACUAACAGACGCUGUACAAAUGAUAAGAAAAAGAAAUUAAUUUCUGAACAAAAGAAACCCCAGGAAAAUACCGAAGCAUCAACCGAUUUGGAACGAACUGUUCCAUCUUUAUCAAAUGUUUUCCAAGAUGAAGACACUGUGGCAUCUGAAACAAAACAAGCCGCUUCAAGUGUAGAAGUUAGUUCUCCGGUAUUUAAACAUAUUUUAGAUUCUAAGUUUGAUAUAGGAGCUUAUGUUGAGUUUAAACAAAAUUUAAGUGACGAAGAAAAGGUUUCUAUUUUACAAAACGUAUGGACCCCUGAUUAUAAUAAAAAUAUCGAUCUUUUUAACGCUCUUAAACAAGUUACCCAGGUGGUUUCUGUGUUAAAUACCAUAAGAGAAAACGUUGAUUUAAAAUUUAACGAUAUUUAUAAAGACGCCCAAGGUAUUGCUAUAAAGUUAAAUGUUGAACCAAAAAUACCUCGAACAUGCAGCAAUCAAAAAAAUAGAAGCAAUGUCCCGUUUAAUAAUAUUGAAGAUUUUUACAAAAAAACUAUUUUUAUACCGUAUUUGGACGAUUUAAUAAUGGCAUUAAAUGAAAGAUUUUUACCUCAUAAUGAAACUAUAAUUUCAUUACAAUUUGUCUUACCUCGUAUCAUAGUUGAAAAACCAUUUUUUAAUUUAAAAAAAGCUGUCGAAUUUUAUAAAAGUGAUUUACCUGGGCUAAACGACAUUAUAGAAGCAGAGUAUGAAAUUUGGCAGGCUAAAUGGAAAAAUAUUGAAGAAAACUUAAGACCUGCAACUGCUAUAGAAGCUCUAAGAGCCUGUGAUCGUUUAAUGUACCCUAACAUAUUUGAAUUACUAAAAAUACUAGCUAUAAUUCCAGUAUCCACCGCUACGGCUGAACGCAGCUUUUCUACUCUUAGAAGACUUAAAACAUAUUUAAGAAAUACAACUUCUGAGUCCAGGCUAGUAGGACUAGCACUUUUAUCCAUUCACCGAGACAUUGAUGUAAAUGAUGAUAUGGUAUUAGACAAAUUUGCCAACAGUGGUAAAGAGAGAAAUUUGAAUUUAAUAUAA